GAAGGCUUUAACAAUUUCUGGUCUGUUUAGCGGUGCUCUGCACUGGGCUUUCCAAUAAUCUCCCUUGUAAAAUCCCCUUUGUUUCUUACUUAAGGGGUUCUUUACCUUUUGCAAAAGUAAAAUAGAAAUAAAAAAUAGCCUAAUCACUAGGUUCAAAAGAUUUUAUUCCUGCUAAACAGACAAUCAACCUUUAGGGGCCUAAUAUCAAAAGGUAUAAAUACAAUAGAAUAUUUCAGUGAUACGUCUAUAAUACUACACUGUGCUUUAAUAUAAGCCUAGAGAUCUGAAUGACAUCAGAGAUAUAGGCUGCUGCAAAAGGAAAUAAAAAUUAGGAUUCUUUCAUAAGGAAAUAAUGAUGAAUGUUUUAACAAUUUUGAUUUGGCUUGUGUGUUUUUACAUUACAUUGUUUUGUGACAAAGCAAAUACAGAUAAGAGAGGUUCAUUUAACAAUAGUGGAUAUUCAACCAAAUAUUACCAUGAGAUCGGUUACAUUUAUACACAACCUCCCAUGAAGACAUCAGUUAUGUCAAUGGCUGCCUAUGAUAUGGAAAUAGCUGCCGUUCAAUGUUUGUUCACUUGUCAGAAGGAGAAUUCAGCGGAAAAUUUAAACUGUGUUGCUGUUAAUUUUAACAGUGAAAAUGGAACAUGUCAACUGCUUUCAAAUCAGCCUGUUUAUAAGUAUGACGAGUGUGUUGUAAGUGAUGACCACUGGACAUUGUAUAUGGAGGAACCUAUUAAAUUUCCACGUGAUUGUGAAGAUAUAAGGAAAAGAACACUGGAUCAAUACUAUGAGAUUCAACCCGACUUGGACAAACCACCAUUUUCUGUGUUAUGCGGUAUUGGUCCAAGCAUGGCUACUUAUAUUCAAAGUCACAAAUCAUCAAGCCAUUUUGAUUUUCAGAAUGCGACAUGGGCUCAAUAUCGUGAUGGCUUCAGAGUUUACCCUCCUGGCUUAUCCUACUACUGGAUUGGCAAUGAAAAUCUCCACACUCUUACAAGCAGUCGUGAUUAUACCAUUGACUUCUUGUGUCGUGUAAAUAGAACUUUUUCUCUAUUCAUACUCUACAGCAGUAUUUUAGUUGGCAGUGAAGCAGAUUUUUAUAGACUGAAUAUUGGAACUUGUGCAUAUAGAACUAGGGAUAUUUUAAAUGAUGCCAUUUGGGUUACAGCCAAUGAUGAAGCAAAAAUAAAUGGGUCAGUAUUUCUGACACAUGAGAAUGUUACAGAAAAUGCAUGUGCAAGGCAGGGUGGCUGGUGGUACAACAACUGUACAAAUGCUAACUUUAACACAGCCAAUGGUAAUAUGUUUUGGGGAAGUUAUGACUGUUCGUACGGAAAAAUAAGGGUAUUACGAAAAAAGCCAUGAUGUUGUAGGUAGUGUGUGAAAAGAAACUUUUCCAAUGUUGUUCCAAAAACAUUUAAAUAGAAAAUGAAUUCCUUGAAUUUAACAAAUGUUCAUCAUCUUA